CGAAGGAUCACAUUGAUGGGCCAAGCAGCAAAUCAAUCGGGUCUAAAAAAUUCUCCCCCAACCCGUUAAUUAGCUCGCGAUUGAGCAAAAAUUCAGAUUUUCCUACUUUAUGUAAUCAUGGCUCGGAGUAUAUCCCGGUCGCCGUCGUAUUCUCGGCGGUACUCUCGGUCUCGAUCACCGGUGAAUCACCGCCGCAGCCGCCACCGGAGCCGCCGUGACCGAAGCCGCUCACCGUAUUCCAGCAGGAGAAGAAGUCGCUCUGGUACUCGCCGUCGGAGCCGUUCACCAGAUGCAAGACGCAAAAGAAGCCGGUCCCCGACAACUAGGCGUCACAGGAGACGACGAAGUCAUAGUUCCUCAGAGUCUCCUGUACCCAAGUCUCGAAGUCCCAGUCUUACGUCCACUGAGCGGAAAAGUGCUGCAGAAAAAUUGAAAAAAGAGGAAGAAGAAAAGAAAAGGCAACAGCUAGAGGCAGAACUCAAGCAAUUAGAAGAGGAAACUGCAAAGAGAUUGGAGGAAGAAAUAAGGAAAAGGGUCGACGAAAAGUUAUGUUCAGAGGAAGUUAGGCUGGAAAUUGAGAGACGAAUAGAAGAAGGUCAUAGAAAACUGUUUGAAGAUGUUGUAAUUCAACUUGAAAGAGAAAAGCAAGCUGCUCUUACCGAGGCAAGGCUAAAAGAGGAAAAAGCACGAAAAGAAAGAGAGGAGCUGGACAAAAUGCUUGAGGAGAACCGGAGGAGGGUACAAGAGGCUCAAAGGAGAGAGGCUCUGGAGCAGCAGCGAAAAGAGGAAGAACGACUUCGGGAGCUAGAGCUCAUUCAAAGACAAAAGGAGGAGGCUGCUCUAAGGAAAAAACUUGACGAGGAAGAAAAUCUGAUGAAACUAUUGAGCAAAAAUAAAUCUAGGCCCAUUGGUCUAUAAGCACAAUCUAAAGAGAUAUUCUUGCUCAGGUUUAAUGGAUAAAGAUAUUCAACAUUGUGUGCUUUUCAUGGAGAGUUGUAGAGCCAAGAUUUUGCUAAAUUUUAGGAGUUCACUCGACCAGAAGAUAUUGCCAUGGGUCAACCCAAAGUCUUCAUCGCUGGUUUCUACAUCUGCUAAGCUCGACUUCCAAGAGUUUCUACAUCUGCAGUUCAUGGCUAAUGCUGUUAAUCACAGUAGUUCGUAAACCUAGAGGGGACAAAUGGAGCCAUAACCGAUUGGUGAAAGUUUCGUCAUGACUUCUGAAGUUAGUCUAAUAUGUAUUUGUUGAACUGCUAGGGGAUAUUUACUCCCUUUAUUGGUACUAGAUAGGCAAGAAAGAAAAAGCCAAACUUUGAUCUUGUGGGGAUUGGUUUGAUGUGGUCAACGCAAGAUGUUGUGCUUGGCUGCCUCGUCUCGGAGUUACCUAGUCAGAGUUACUCUCUCCCUGUAUCUGCUGCGUCUAUGUUGAACUUUUUGUUUAUGGCAUCACCGGAACUACUUCGAUAUCAUUAUCUCUUCUUUUACUUUUUAGUCAGUCUUUGUGAGCCCAUAUGACUUGUUUUUAUAACUUUUUGUUCGAACUGCUAGUUCAAUUGUUUCUUGAUUUCAUCUAUUUAUUCAUUCAGUUCACAG